AUGAAAGACGCCCAUGAUAAUGAAACGCUUGCAUUCGUUACUCUCGGCAUGUUCAUUAUCGGUACGUCGGCAAUCCCUCUCCUACCGGGAAGCCUCCAAACACCGACCGGUGGUGCCCACCGAUUGACGACGGGAGCAGAUAAAAUUGAAUACCUCGACGGCACGUCUAAAGACAAGGAAAACAUAGUCGGCGGCGCGGGGACGUUCGCAGCGCUCGGCGCCCGGCUCGCUGCUGGCAUCCAGCAUGCCAAACUCGUUAGCUGGAUCGUAGAUAUGGGCUCGGACUUUCCACCGGAAUUCCGCAAGUUGAUCGAGACAUGGAAGACAAGUUGUGUUUUCCGCACAGACCGCACGCGAUUGACGACGACAGGGUGGAAUGGAUAUGGACCGGGGGAAUUUCGCGCAUUCAAGUACCUCACGCCCAAGCGAAGACUGGACGAGCAUUCACUCGCCGAUGAACAAGUGCUGGCACGGUCAUUUCACAUGGUGUGCUCGCCGACACGGUGUAUGGCGUUGGUCAAUGGAAUUAUGGAGCGGCGACGAAUGCUUGUCGCAAAGAUGAACACGAACCAGAACACCAGUGAUGAGUCAUUGCGAGUUCGACCAUACUUCAUUUGGGAACCUGUUCCUGACCUAUGCACACCCGAGGAGUUCACUAGGCUCCGCGACGCAGCGCGGCACGUCGACGUGGUGAGUCCGAACGCAGAGGAAUUUGCAGCGCUAUUUACCUCGAAUCCGAAGUGUGUGACAAGGGAAGACAUGGUGGCCACGUUCUUUGGUGCCCAAGGCCAGUCAUUGGCUCAGCCGGGGUAUCUGGGGGAUGUUGCUCUAGUGAUCCGCGAAGGCGCACAGGGAUGUACGACGUACCUAGGAACAGGUGCGGACAUACGGCGACCGCUUCAUUUACGCGCAUACCAUCGGGACAGUAAACGCGUCGUCGAUCCGACCGGCGGAGGAAAUACGUUUCUCGGCGCAUUGGCGAUUGGGAUGACGGGGACUAUGUGCCCGAGUCCAAGCGAGAUCGAGACCCGUUUGGCAGUAUCCAAGGUCCCGGACUCUGGGCUUUCUCAGCAGAGAAGACUUCUCUUUGCACUGAUACAUGCGACGGUCGCGGCGGGUUAUGCAAUAGAGCAGACGGGUAUGCCUGUGCUGAGUUCGACGUCGACACCGACAGGCGAGGGCGAGGAUAACGAUACAGAUGAGGAAGUGUGGAAUGGAGAGGGAUAUCAAGAGCGGUUUUGGAAAUAUGUUGAGAGGGAGAGUGUGUAUAUAGGUAGCCAAUUUGAUGAGAAGCAAACAAUGUCUUCUUCGAUUCCUUGA